CAGAAAGAACAGUAAAAAUGUAGGCAGGGCACCGGACAAAGCACUAGGGACAAUAUUGAUUUUAGUGAAUGUCACUUUUUGUCAUUUUCAAAUUUCCUGCCAGUUACGUCCCUGUACAUCCUGACGCUCGCAGGGGACGGAACCCAGAUGACAGAUGCCGGCAUCCGCUGGAGGACAUUACAGGGGACACUGCAGGAGGGACAUCGCGGGAGCGCAGGACAAGGUAAGUGAUCGAGGGAUCCCGGACCAGCGCUGCAUGGUAAGCCCGAGUGUAGCUCGGGGUUACCGCUUGUGUUACUGAAA